AUGGCCACCGUUUCAAUCAGCGCCCCAGGCCUGGGAAGCGGAGGAUUCCUCUAUAAUAAUGGCAAUAACAAUGCGCGGCUGUGUGUUACGGCCGAGACCGAAAACUUCGAUAUGGAGACCAUCAAGAACUGGCAAGAUGAAGGAUUUGACGUGCUCUACAUCCCAUACAACGGCGGAGGAAAGGAGUAUGGUGCCAAGUUACAGUCAGUGAAGGAUGGACUUGGUGUGGGCGAGAACUACGGUGUAGUCGCAUACGGCGAUGCCGCAAACUACUGUCUCGACUACUAUCUCAAGCCCACAAACUCGAGUCGACUCUGCGCCCUUGUCGCAUACUAUCCCAGUAUCAUCCCUGACACACGCUCUCGAUACGGUAUGCAGAUGCAGGUCCUUGUGCACCUGGCUGGUGAGACCGUGGACGUGCUUGUUCAGCCCGUCGCACUCGGCUUACAGGGAAAGAAGCGACGCCAAACACGCCCUCUCAACCCUGGUGUUGGAACUGGAGAGCGCUUGGAUCUGGGAUAUCCCACUUAUACGUACGACAACGCGCAGCCCGGCUUUGCCGAGACUGAUAUCGAGGAAUAUGAUCAUCUGUCGGCUGAUCUUGCUUUCACGCGGACUUUGAAAGCAUUGCGAAAGGGUUACUCACGGGAUCCCGAUUUGGAAAGACGCUGGGAGGACCAUGUGGAAGCCAAAUUCUUCGCGUCCAACGUUAAACAGACAAUGGAGGGAUAUGUGCAGCACAAAACCCCCGCUGUGACUUAUACGCCAACAAUUACAGGCGGCAUCGGCAAGAAAGCCCUCCGCCAUUUCUACGAUCACUACUUCAUCGGCAAACUACCCCCAUCAAUGCGCCUUCGCCUCCUCUCCCGGACUACAGGCGCAGAUCGCAUAGUCGACGAGCUGUACGUGAACUUUGAACACACACAGGACGUCCCGUGGAUGCUCCCCGGUGUCCCACCAACAAACAAGCGCGUGGAGAUCAUCCUCGUGAGCAUUGUCAGCAUUCGCGCCGGUCGCCUGUACUCCGAGCACGUCUACUGGGACCAAGCGAGUGUCCUCGUUCAAGUCGGUCUGUUGGACCCUAAGCUUCUGCCAAGCACCGUUCAAGGCGUCGACCGACUUCCCGUUGUCGGUCGCGAAGCUGCUCGUCGCAUCCUGCACGAAGACAAUGAAGUCGAACAGGAGGAUUAUCAUAACAAGAUGAUUCGCCGUGCGCAUGCUCGGGCUCGUCGUAAUAACAGUUCCCGUGCUUCUCAGAUUGCCGAGGAGUCUGGCGCUGAGAUGAAGAGUGAGGCGGAGCAGACUUUGCCUGAUCGGACUGGUAACAAGGGCAAGUCGGUACAAAAACCUUCUGCUCAAAUGGCCGAGGUGGAUGAUGAUGGCGCCGAGACUGAGACUGAGUCUAGUGCUAAGGCGAAGUCUGAGGCUGGAGAUCGGGAUCGGGCUGCUACCGUUGAGGAUGUCGGAGAGGAUGGACAAAAUGGUUCGAAGCAGACAUGA